AUGACACAUUCUACCGAUCAGAAUAUUAUUUCUGCGAAUUUGCUAAUUCAUGAGACCGCUCAACGACCGGGAGAACAACAUCAUGAUAAGAACGAUCAUAUUGAUGCCCAAGCCAAUUUGUUAGUUCCUCGGAGUAAUGAUCAAGCAGCAGAUCGUCAUGAAGAGGGUACCCGUAUGUCAGAGACGAUCGAUCAGCCCAACGUUGCUGACAAGUUGUUAAUACCUCAGAGCGCUGAACCAGAACCAGAUAAUCAUCAAGAUGCAAACGAGCAGCCCGACGGACCAGCUGAUUUGGUAACUCAUCUGAGCAACCAACGAGCAGUACCAGAUCAUGUGUUGGUAGCAUCCAUUGAGCAACAAGAGUCUAUUGCUAGCAAUGUAUAUCAAAGUCCUAAUGGCACAAAGUAUUGGACACCAAAUGUUCCUCCUGAUUUAAAACCGUAUGAAGGAGCCAGAUUCCGAACUAUCGAUGAAGCAGUUGGUAUGUAUGAGCGUUAUGCAGAGAGGGCUGGUUUUUCGACCCGUUUGGGUACGUCAAAGAGAGAUAAAGCUAAAGGAGUAUUCAAACUCCGGUACAUUUUGUGUUCUAGAGCUAAUAAGCCCAAGGACCAGGAAGCGGGUAAUACUAGUUCUCUGAAACGAUGCCGUAGUAUAAAAGCUACAGAUUGUAAGGCAUGUGUUAAAAUUAGGCGAGUAAAAAGAUCUACGGAUUAUGUGGUUUACAAAUUCAUUGAACAACACAACCAUGGUCUAACAGCUCCUGAGAACUUAGAUUUAUCACGCAAGAAAAGGAAGCUAGACUUUGCGGCUAAACAGUUUAUCGCUGAUUGUCGCAAUGCUAACAUUGGUCCGACGAAAGCACACAAUAUAUACGUUGUUUUAAAGGGAGGUCACCAAAAUGUUCGUGGAACGACUACCGAGUUUAAGAACUUUGGAAGAGAUAUCCGGGAAUUCAUUGGCGACAGAGAUGCACAAAUGGUCGUUGACAAAUUCAAUGAACGUGUGGAAAACAAGCAAAAUUACACGUUUAAAACACAUAUUGUUGAAAAGGAACUUCAGUUGCUGUUUUGGUGUGAUGGAGUUUCAAAAACAAAUUAUCACGCUUUUGGCGAUGUAGUGGCAUUUGAUGCAACGUACGAUAUGAUAUUUGUCCCCUUUACCGGGGUUGAUCAUCAUAAGAAGUGUACAAUAUUCGGGGCCGGAUUGAUUCACAACGAAACCAUCGAGUCAUACUCAUGGCUUUUACAAAAGUUUUUAGAAGCGCACGAUGGAAAACAACCUCUUAUCAUAUUAACCGAUCAAGAUUGCGCCAUGAAGCAAGCCGUGAACAAUGUUUUUGAUAAGUCUGUACACAGACUAUGUAUGUGGCACAUCACCCAGAAAAUUCCAGCUAAGAUAAAGGGCAGUGAUGAAACGAAUGCUGAGUUAAAGCAACGGAUCCACAAACUAGUGUGGAAUGUUUACAUAGAACCCCACAGGUUUGAAAAGAGAUGGAAUUUACUCAUGACCGAGUAUGGUUUGGAAGAUCAUGCUUGGAUGAAUGAAAUGUACGCUAUAAGGGAACAGUGGAUUCCAUGUUAUUUUCGUGAUAUACCUAUGUGUUGCCUUAUGAAGACCACUUCUCGAUGCGAAAGUGCUAAUCAUAUGUUUAAAGCAAAUUCUAGUCCCCAUAAUACGUUGGUGCAGUUCAUGCUUUGCUAUGAUACAUCGGUGGACAAGAUACGUAACAAACAACGUAAACUGUCUUAUGAGACAGAUACAACCAAUCCCGAGCGAUACAAAACAUCGUUUUCGAUAGAACGUCAUGCCAAUGAAGUAUAUACACGAACGUUAUUUUGGGAAGUUCAAAAGGAGAUUGACAAGUCUAACAGUUUGUGUUAUGUUGCCGAAAGAGGAAUGGUUGAUGGAGUUAAUACGUAUCUUGUUGCUCAUCAAGAUCACACCAAAGAAAUUGUGAAUGAGUUUAAGGUAACUUUCAACAAAAGUGAUCUUACAGUUUCAUGUGUAUGCAUGGGUUUUACCCGGGUUGGGUAUCUUUGUCGACACGUGUUUUGCGUAUUCAGGCAUCACAACAUUUUUCAGAUUCCAGCCAAAUACAUACAUCCCAGAUGGUGUAGAGAUGCUAUCCCAGCUAGUGUACACUUACUGGAGAAUAGGUUAUGUGACGACCAAAGUAGGAGUGGUGUGUUGUGGCGUGGGAUUUGUGAUAACGUGAACAUGUGUAGAGACAGGGUGCGUGGCAAUAUUGAGAAAUUACAAGAGUUAAGUGACCAGAUUCAAGCUAUUAAGGAUAAGCUUUUUAGCGAGAUACCGUACGAUCAUUCAAUCAAUAAAAAGGAUGUUGUGAUAGAGGAUGUAAUUGCGCAUAAACAACCAGCUGAACUUUCUUGCACGGCCCCGCGGAAAAUACGCAACAAAGGAUGUGGAAAGCAUAAACGAACAGUUGGUCCCGGUGAGAAAGCAAUCAAGAGCAGUAAAAAAAAGAGAAGGAAAUGCAAUUUCUGCGGAAAACUCGUAAGGGGCCAUGAUAAGAGGAACUGCCCGCUAAAAAAGGAGGGGAAGCUGGUUGAGGAUGACUCGUCAACCGACAAAGAAGAUGAGAUAUACGAAGAUGAAGAAACCGAAGAAUCUGGCUAUGAGGAUUCUGGUAGUGACGAAUAG